GAUGCAUAUGUCUGUCUAGAAGGAAGCAUGCUUUUCCCCCAUGCUAAGCUAGGUAUGAGGCCAGUUAAACAACACAAUCAACUGUUGUUCUCAGUAUGCAGUUCUGUGUCCUAAAGCUGACUAUCCAAUACUGCACAUAAAUGCUCCCUUGUGUGCUCCCCUCCAUAAAUAGCAUCCUCUGAAAUCAUAGAAUGGCCUGGGUUGAAAAGGACCACAAUGAUCAUCUAGUUUCAACCCCCACACUUGUGUGCAGGGUUACCAGCCAUUAGAUCAUUAGGCUGCCCAGAGUCACAUCAGCUCUCAAAUGCUAUACUUGAUAGUUCACUUGAGAGAUAACAGUGGGUCUGUUACAACACAGGUGCAAAACCUGUAUGUUUGCCACCAGAUUCUCAACUGGUGAUCAUGUUACUUCAUACCUUCACGGAAUCUAAUAUUUGCUCUUGCCGUGGACGAAAUAAAUGUAAAAGAAUGCAUUUACUACUGCUCCAAAACCCAGAGAAAUGACAAAUACAGUGCUUUGAGUAAGACAUUUCCUUCUUAGCAAAAAACCCAAGCAGUUACUCAAAACUGUCUGCAGUGAUAAAUAGAAGUCAGCAGGCGCCUUUGUUUCCUUUCACAGGAACAUGGAAAAUGUUGCUUAUCGCCAGGGAGGCCUUCCUCACAACCAUCAUUCUGUAGUACUGACAGUGCUAGUCCCUUGCAUGAGUUUUGUAAUUACAACAAACAAAUAAGCUAUUCUUGGUAGCUACUCAUGCAUGUAUGUUUUUCAGAGAUAAUUAUGAACCAUGAUUUACGGCAGACUGAGGCCAUGGGAACUACUAUAAGAAGAAAGUAGAGAUAAAUUCAGAGAAAGGAAGACAAAGGACACAAAGAUAAACCAAAAGGACAGAAUUAUCUGCUUUCUGGAGGAGAUUCCUUUUUGUGGCAGAAAAACAAGUGCUGGAAAGAUGAACUAAACAGGUUUAGAACAAGUCCGUGACACUUCUCCAUGCUUCAGAGAGACAGGAUUGAUCAGAUUGAAGGCUAGCUCUGCAGGGAUGUAUUUAUAGCAUGGACAGUGCCAGAAACCAUCGCUGGACUUCUCUAGGUUUGGCAGAAUCAAUGCCACAGUUAAAUAAAUCCUCUUGUUUUUCUGGCUUGAUGUGAAUAAUACAUACGAAGCCUGCUGGGUAUAUAUUUUUAUUGGGAAUUACAUUAUGUAGCAGCUUUUUGGAUUUGUGUGUGUUGUUCAGUAUUCAGUAAGAGCUCUCAAAGUACCUCUUAACAACACUUUAGCCUAAAUAAACACUUCACUCUGUUCCUUACAUAAGUAAAAUCUCCAGCUCCAAUGUAUGAGGGAAAAAAUCUACAGAAUUCUGUAGCACAGAUGUUUGUUGCCUUUUUAUUUUCUUUUACCUAGCUCUGAUUAGAUGCAUUGAAUUAACUGAUUUAUUAUCUGCUGUUGUUAGCUUGAGGGACAUCAAAAUACACAUCUUCACAUCUUUUCUUUGGCUUUUGGGAUUUGAUAUUGUGCAAAUGACAACUUAAUUAAUAUUUGUUCUGACAAGAAACAAGAGGACUGAGUUCUAACAUAAUGAAUCUCAAAGGAAAAGAAAGGUUUCCUUCUACCGCAACUGGAGGCAAUUGAUAAUGUGGCUCUUAGAAGCUGUGGUGUAUAGAGGCAAGUAAGUGACUCACAAAUGGCAGGUUAUUUUUUCUCUCCUUUCUUUUUGUCCCCAGCUGCUCAGCUGCCUUAAUUAACUUUGAAUACAGUUCCCUCUCCCUUCCAAAUUAUUUUCCAUGCAUAACGUUGAAAGGCUCCAACUGAAAAAAAAAAAAAAAAGCAUAAAAUCAUCUUCUCUUCAGUGCUUUAUAUGCUCAUGCAUGAACACCUUGCUCAGAUACCUGUGUUAGACCCCCCUCUGUUUUUUUUUGAUUACAGUCAAAAGUCUCAAUCAAAUGACCGUUUAGCUCCUGUGUGGCUGUAUGCCAAAGAUAUAAAUAUCAGUCCUCUACCCAACAUCCAGCUUGCCUCCAUUUCUUCUUUUCUCCUGCUGUCUUGUUGCCAUCUUCCUUUUUCUUUUUCUUUUUCUUUUUUUUUUUUUUUUUUUAACACCGGCCAGUGAGAACUGAGCCGUGAAAGCUGCCUGUUUUUACUUUAAAGCUUUUAUCCCUACUUUCCUAAACAACAUGUGUUGGCGUAAACAUCUCAGAUGUCAACUCACAAGAGGAGUUAUUAUGAAUCAGACUUUGGCUUCAUUAGAAAACUUAGUUAAAAUUAAGUAGCGUGAAGAACAACCCUGUGAAAGUCAAUACCUUGUUUUCAAGCGGAACAGAAGGUUAAGCUGAAACCGAACGUAACUACAAUUCCUAAGCAGCUGUUUCUUCAGUGUGCUAUUUUCUUGUAUUUUAGAAACUUGCUUCUUCACAAUCAAGGACAGUGGUAUAUUGGUUUUCCCUUUGAUCCAUUACUCAUCCCAUCUUGGUUUGGGACACACCACCAGCAAGGCAAGACACAGAAGACAACUGAUAUAGGGAAUUAUGGCUCAGGAGCUCUCUAUGACAUCAUGCCUACUUUUUAUAUAUUAUUGUGUUGGUACAAUUUAUAUCCAUCUCCAAGUGCAAGAUUCUGAUACUGCCCUUUAAGUAUGCACCAUACAGGCUUCUUGUGCAAAUAGGAACUUUUGUUAAUCUGCUGCUAUAAAAAUUGUAGUUUGUUCAUCCAGGACAAGAUCUGGGACAAACAAUCUGCUGAGUAGUACUAACUUAAACUCUUCAAGUUUGCAUAGUUUUGUUCUGAGAAUUGCUUCCAAUUCCCCUUUAGUCAACAUUUGUGUUUGUUUAGCACUUAGAAAUCAUGUACAUAAGGAGCACAACAUGAUGAAAAACAUUUUGACAGAUUGUUCUGGAAAUCAAAUCUUUCACCUGAAGGGACACAUUGAUUGGGUGGAAAAUAACAGCUAAUUUCUUUAUGCAAAAUAGCUCUGUGGCAUACUGAAGAUACACAAAGUUAUUCACAUGGAAAAAAAAUAAAUAAAUGUGUUUGUAAGCUGUCCACACUGUAUUACUGGAAGGUGGAAGAUGCAGAUUUACAUAGUGCUGUGACUAAAAUGGAUUUGCAUCUGCUAUGACAGGUGGUUACGUUUCACUAGGAUGCCAGCAGUGCCUAGGUCAUCUUCCAACUUAAGAAAGGUGGUAAAUCUACUUGUAUUGCUUGGAUCAAGAGAACCUUCAUUUUCCUCCUGAGGUUAUGCUAUAUGGAGUAAUAUCCAACUAGCCUGGCUGUGGAAUGGAUUCAACGAAGGCCAAGUGCUGAAGGGCAUUAAGAUAUUGAACCUGACAGCAACACUCUAAAACUUUUGUGGGAGAGUGUGACAUUUGCUCACAUUGCACUAAGGAGAAUAAAGGAAGCUGGGUAAGGGCAGAAAAGGAUUAGGCUGCACCACAAGGAGAGAGGCCUGAAAGUAAAAGCCUCCUGGUUCAGGAGAGCAAGGGAGCAAGGAAUAUACUGAGAAAGAAAAGUGUCGAGAAGAAAAGAAUAAACAAAGAGAUAUCACAGCAAAAGGAAAAAUUAUAUGAGGACGUUUCUGGGACGGAGUGAUGCUCUUCGAAGAGAUCACACCAAAUGAAGUAUCAGUAAGAGCAGAAGAAAUUGCUGCUUUACAGUUUUCAGAUACCACACGACCCCAUUGUUUGUAGCAGCAUCAGUGUAAGAAGACUUGUUUGAAUAAAUGAGAGACAAACACUUCAAGGGCUUAGACCUUCGAGAUGUAUAAGGUAAUGGAUAAGUCACAGGUGUGCUUAGAGCAGAUACAAUAGUAAGAGCAAAGAAAUACAAUGAAGAAUUUUCUAGCUAGGUGCACUGAACCUAUUUUGCAUCCUGCUGUUCCACAGUCAGUAAGAUGAUUUCUCUAAUAAGAUGUUGUUCAGAGCAUAACUGUAAGAUAGCAUGGCCACUGCUGAAAAAUAAGCCAUAGUUCUGAAAGAGAAAAUUGUAAAGGAGGUAUUAAAAGCAGUCUGUCAGCUUGCACUGUACUUUGUGGGGAUGCACGUGCUAAUUGUAUUGUUCCUGCUAUCAUAUCACCUUCAGCUUGAAGAUCAGUCAGGAAAAGAAAUUCUGCCCUACCCGUGACAGUCAGACAGUGGAACAAAAAAUGCCAGUGAAAUGUUGUUUCCAUAGGUCAAACACAGAAGAAACACUGGCUUGGUCUGACUCUGUGGAUACACUACUUGCUAAUAAAGAUGGCCUGGCAGCUUUCAGGAAGUUUUUGAAGUCAGAAUUCAGCGAGGAGAAUGUAGAGUUCUGGCUGGCUUGUGAAGAUUUCAAAAAAACCAAGUCUUCCACCAAGAUCGCAGCCAAAGCCCAAAAGAUUUACGCUGACUUCAUUGAAGCUGAUGCUCCAAAGGAGAUUAAUAUUGACUUUCAUACAAGAAAUCACAUCUCUCAGAACAUCUCAGAACCCACCCUCAGUUGUUUUGAUGAUGCCCAGAGGCUAAUCUAUAGUCUCAUGGCAAAAGACUCUUUUCCCAGGUUUCUAAGGUCAAAAGAGUAUAAGGAACUAGCAAAGAAGCAAGACAACAGAAAUGACAAAAGGUGGCUCCCAUUUUUGUGAGAAGGUAAAAGCUAGAGGCCUGAGUAGUUAUGAAUUUGUAGGUGCCUCCUGUUACAACUCAGGGUAGGUAAUAUUUUAUUAAAGUGAUUGUACAAAACAGAACUCUUAACUGGCUUGUUUUUAAUGUAUGUGUCGUUGCUUCUGCUAAAGUUGGUGGAGAAGUAUUCUAGAAACAGAAUGGAAUACACUAUGACAGUUGAGUUUUUUUAGUAAAAAUCUUGCAAUUAAUAUUUUUUUCCAGUAGUUUCUUCAUUUGUUGCAGUGAUUUUGCAUUUUAUAAGUGAAAUGUUCUGUGGUCUACCAUCAGUUUUUUGUUAGAAGUAUGGACUCAAUAAAUUCCUUUCAUGGGACUUGAAUACACUUAUUCCCUUUCAUCUACUUAUUUGUAAAGAAAAAAAAAAUUAAAAACCUCUUUUAAACAUGUUCUACACCACUUAAAAUAGAAGAAGAAACGUGGUAGAUGCCAUACUGUGAAUGACAAUGAAUUAAGGACAUCACUUAAUAAAAAGCUGCUUUCUAACAAAUGUUCCUAGCAUUCAGAGCAAAGGGAUGUUUCAUAAUACAUGCUCUUUAACACAACUCUCCAUUUUCCUUUGUAUUUAUCUCACUUAGUUUUUUUCACUAAAACAUCUCACUUGCUAACUGACUAUUUGGGGGAAAAAAAACAGAGCAAUCUUCUCUUCAUACAUUUUCUAGUAAUGAUUAAUUUAGUUUUCUUCUCUGAAUGCACAAGUUGUAAUGUAUGCUUACACUCAUGACGAAGUAAUGUUAAUAAUGACUCCUUUUUUUUCCUAAUUAAAUACAGAACCAUAGAAUCAUAGAAUCAUUGCGGUUGGAAAAGACCUCUAAGAUCAUCCAGUCCAACCAUCCACCUACCACCAACAUUGCCCACUGACCACGUCCCUCAGUGCCACAUCUCCAUGAUUCUUGAACACCUCCAGGGACAGUGACUCCAUCAGCUCCCUGGGCAGCCUGUUUCGAUGCCUCACUGCUCUUUUGGAGAAGUUUCUGCUAGUACCCAGCCUAAAAAGCACUGAACAGUUUUAGUGGAGUAACCAUAUUAAUUAGAAUUUGUCAUCGUGUCACAAGAAAUGAGAGGAUUUUUGGGUGUCUCCAGUUGCACACUGUGAUCUUCAUUGCUCCUCAAAGAUUUAUAGCGUAUUUUUAGCUGCAGAAUGAGCUGUAAUAUAUUCCUGAAGAAAAAUAUAUUCUAACCCACAUGGAGAAGGAGGAAUAUUCACAAUCAAAAAUAAUUCUAAAUACAAGAGGUAACAGUAAGAUUAAUCAAGCAAAAAAAACCCCUAGUAACUUUCAUUUUAUAUUAACUUGAUCCUUUUGCUGUUCUCCGAUACCCAUAGCCUGUUCUAUCACCUACUUUUUCUUCUGGCUUUCUGCAUUUCUUUUUCAUUUCUUUCUUCCUCAGCACUAGCGGUUAGCAGAGAAAUGAACAUGAGAGGCGAGGCUGAGCUACAAGGAGGAUGUGGUUUUGUUCUGCAGUCCCGCAGCUACCAUUCAUUUUGCAAUGAAACUUCAGUGGAAAAUCACAACUUCCGCCUGGGCGCCGUCUCGGAAUCCUUUCAGCACUGGGGAAUUUCUGCUGAUUGAAGUCACGGUGAGGACAGCAAUCAGGACUGCUGAAAUUACAUAAUUUACUCAAAUAUAUAGCAAGCCAUUUUUCCCUCUUACAAAUCCAAGUCUCGUUUUCAGAAGAGGUGAGGUCAAGUCGCCUUUCUCAGUGGGCCAAGAAGGAAGCCCAAAAAAUCUGCUGCACCAAUGGUUGUGAUCUAAGGAAAAGAGUGCCUUGAAAUAGCCUGUUCUAGUGUUAGAUAUGGAGGUUGGCAGCCCUGCCUGAGGAAGGGGUUUUGGAGCUUGAUGAUCCUUGAGGUCUUUUCCAACCCAAGCCAUCCUAUGAUUCAGUGAUUCUAUGUGUGAUAAUGAAAUCGCAGAUGCCUGACAGUGCUCUUUUUCGAAUUCCACAUUCCUGACUUUAUCACAAAGAAAACCAGAGAGCAGUAGAGCAGGAGGCUGUCAGGGAUCUCUUAAUUCCUGGCCGAAAACAUAAAAAAAAAGUCCAUCUUCAUAAAAAUAAUCCCUUAUACUUUUUCUGGUAACUCUAUAAAGAAAUAGUGGGAAACCCUCAGUGGAAAUACAUACGUUUGCACAGAUGAACAUAGACUAUAUCCAGAGAGGUGGGUAUCUGACUAAUUCUCUGAUCACCAGUCUAAUUAUCAUUAGAAAAAAUAAACCGUUCUUAGCAUAUUAUUUUAAUAAUUCUGUAAUAAAGUAUCAUGGAGGAUUUUAAUGCUAUUUCAAUUAAUUUAGGAUGCUUAAACAGAAAUGUACAGUAAUUACACUUUUAGGGGUUAUCAACAACUCAAGUAUAAUAGAGCAUACUAAGUUUUCCAUAGUCUUCGAAUUAAAACUACAUCAACAAAGUAAAUUAAAAAAAUUGUUGAGCAGACCUUUCAAAUCUUUAUAAAUUUAUCUUUUUUUUCUCCUGUUUAAAUCUGAGAAAGCACUUGGCAUGAUUGCUUUAAAUACAU